AUGGCAAAAAUAGCAUUCGACGCGAAGCUCCUGAAAUCCCUGCUGGAAUCGACGCCGAGAUUCGAGAAAUGCAUGAGAUCCCUGAACGUACUGGAACUGGGCAAGGGAAAAUGCGUGGCCGCGAUAAAAAUAGAGGAAGAACACACGAAUCCCAUGGGCUCGAUGCACGGGGGCUUCGCCACCAGUUUAGUGGACAGCAUCUCCAGUUGGGCGCUCUUUACGCACGAACGAGCCAACUGCGCGAGCGUCUCCGUUAACAUAAACAUGACCUUCAUGAAAGGGGCCAAAGAGGGCGAAGAGGUGCAAAUCGAAGCCGAUACAUUGAGAGUGGGGAACACCAUGGCCUUCUUGGAGGUUUCCAUUAAAAAUAAAAAAGACGGAAGCUUGCUGGUCAAAGGGGAACACACGAAAUUCCUGUACAAAUUAACCAACCUCUGUCAAUUACUCCUGUGA